AUGGCCGGUAAUGUCAAUGAUGCUAAUGACCAACCCCAGCCCUUCAAUGCGACGAAACUUGAGUCAGCGAAGAAGCGUAAAUCUUCGCGAUCGCCUUCGGCCUCUAGCAACAGACGGAAAGAACCUCGCACAGAGCCGAAAGCAAAAUCAAACUCACAGAAACUAGAACCAGAGAAACGUUCAGAUUCUCCCCCAGUACGCAAACAAAAGCGCCCCGGUCAGCGGGCACGUAUUGGAGAUGCAGAGCGCGAGCAAAUCCGUCAAAGAAAGCUCGAGCGUGAAAGAGAGGCAGAAGCAGCCGCAGCCGCACUUGCGGCUGCUAAGGGUAUCCAUGAUACGGUUAAGAAGCACUAUAAUGCCGUUCCAGAGCGAGGACGAGACUGGCGUAAAACAGACAGCCGAAUUAAAGGACUACGAAGCUACAAUAAUUGGAUCAAAAGUACGAUAAUUCAAAAGUUCUCUCCAAACGAAGGCUUUGUCCCAGCCUCACGAGAUAAUAAAGGUGAAGGCUCUACAGAGGGACCAUCAAAUUCCAAGGGUCUAUUAGUGCUGGAUAUAGGAUGUGGAAAAGGUGGAGAUCUUGGAAAGUGGCAGCAAGCCCCUCAAACAGUCGAGUUAUACGUUGGAAUAGAUCCAGCUGAUAUAUCAAUCACUCAAGCCAGAGAAAGGUAUCGGCAAAUGUUGAGCCGCAAUGGAGAUGGAGCUGGAGGCAGGGGUGGAAAAAGUGGCCAUAAUCGUCGACCGCAUCAACGAUUAUUUCAUGGAGAAUUUUACGUUCAAGAUUGCUUUGGCGAAUCAAUUGAGAAGAUCAAAAUCAUACGAGAUGUUGGGUUUGACGGUUCUGGGGGACCGUCGAGUUUUGGCGGAGGAGGAUUUGAUAUUGUAAGUAUGAUGUUUUGUAUGCAUUACGCUUUUGAAAGCGAGAUGAAAGCCCGAUUAAUGCUCAAGAAUGUGGCUGGAGCUCUUAAAAAAGGGGGCAGAUUUAUUGGGUGUAUCCCCAAUUCGGACGUCCUCAGUGAAAAAGUGAAAGAAUUCAACGCCCGCAUAGCACCUAAAUCUAGCGAAAGUAAAUCAGAGGCACCAAAUUUAGAGACUCCUGAGAGCGACGAUGUUGAGAAAAAAGAUACGGAAGAAGGUGCGUCAUGGGGUAAUGGAAUUUAUCAGGUUCGUUUUCCAGGGAAAACACCAGCGGAUGGAAUAUUUCGACCCCCAUUUGGUUGGAAGUAUAAUUUCUUUUUGAGUGAGGCAGUUGAAGAGGUACCUGAGUACGUGGUUCCGUGGGAGAUGUUCCGAGCCAUCGCUGAAGAUUUCAACCUUGAGCUGCAAUAUCAUAAGACUUUUGAUGAAAUAUGGAAGGCCGAGAAAGAUGACGAGACUCUUGGUCUAUUAAGUGAACGCAUGGGUGUUCGAGAAAGAGGCGGUGGUCCUUUACUUGUCAGUGAUGAAGAGAUGGAGGCAGCAAACUUUUAUACAGCCUUUUGCUUCUAUAAAGUCUAA